AUGGCCGUGGGCGAGGUCGGGAGCGACGCAGUGCGGCGGGGUAUCGCCUAUCUCUGCCGCGCGGAGCGGCAGGGUGCCAUGUGGCGGGAGGACGAAUACACCGCAGUCGGCUUCCCGCGCGUCUUCUACCUCCGCUACCACGGCUACAGUGCCUAUUUCCCGCUCUGGGCGUUGGCGCGCUACCGCGCCCUCGUGGGCAGUAACGAGCGCCGCCCGCACUACGGCAUGUAG